UCGAACUUUCGUUCCUGUGUUCUGAAAAAGAAAAAAAAAAAAAAGAGAACUUCGGUCUCUGUGAAGGAGAAAUUGGAGAAGAAAAGAAAGAUUGAAUGAGGAUAAAAACCCAGCGGAAAUGGAUCAAUCAACAACGGUAACGUGCUCACUCCUAGCCAUUGACCACACCAAUUUUUGUUACAAGGUCUGCUCUGGUUGCGAGAGGACUCUUCCUGAAACUGAUGAUCAAUUUUCUUCUAUCUGUAAAUUCUGCAACUUCAAUUUCUCGCAUUCUCCUCCUUACAAACGUCUAUUUCGCCUCCUUGUUUCUAUAGCAACGGACAAACAGGUGAAAACGGUGGUAUGCUUUGACAGGGCUGCUAGGGUUCUCUUUGGUUGUUCUGCUGAUGAGUUUUUUCGCUUUGCAAACCGCAAUCCUUUGGCUGCUGUUACUGCUGGCCAGAUUUUGGAAGGAGAGAUGAUUAGGAUUACCUUGACUAAACCCAGGAAUGGUAAUGCACAGCAUUUGAGAGUAUCAUCAAUUGUUCCAUUGAGGUCUGGCUUUCAGCCAGCGAUAGUGACUUUGAGAGAAUAUUAUGGACAAAGAGCUCCAUAGCUCAUGCUACUCAUUGAGGAUCUGUCCAAUGCCAAGAAUCAGGAAGCUUCUGUUGGCUCCAAUAUUGGUAUUAGUUGCCUACAUACUGUCGCUUCUAGUCUUAUUAAUUUAUAAGAUUUUAUUUGGUGUUUGUACUGAGUUUUAACGAUGUAAGAGGGGAGUUGGAAAAGAAAGACUGUUCCCUUUGGAAGCUGUUAUUUCCCAUUGUUAAAUUAUCAAUGCCGUACAAAGGAAUGGUUGUACAAGUCCUCUGAGUUGCAUGUUUGUGCUAGAUUUUUAUUUGGUGAAAUAUCCGUUUAUAUUAUUUGAGAUAUGAAUCUUCCACACUUCUUCAAGCGCAA